CCUGGUUGUUAAACCCUCAGCUGGUGGUAACAUUUGUUUUAACAGGAUUUGCAGGGAUUGAGCUGAUCGUACUGAAACCAUGGGACGAAAGAAGAAAAAGCAAAUGAAACCUUGGUGCUGGUACUGUAACAGAGAUUUUGAUGAUGAAAAGAUUCUCAUUCAGCACCAGAAGGCCAAACAUUUCAAGUGCCACAUCUGUCAUAAAAAGCUGUACACUGGCCCUGGCCUCGCAAUCCACUGUAUGCAGGUACAUAAAGAGACAAUCGAUGGAGUUCCUAAUGCAAUACCUGGAAGGACAGAUAUUGAACUGGAAAUAUAUGGCAUGGAGGGUAUUCCUGAGAAAGACAUGGAAGAGAGAAGAAGAGUGCUAGAACAAAAGAACCAAGAGACUCAGAAGAAAAAGCAGAAUCAGGAUGACUCUGAUGAGUAUGAUGAGGAUGACGAGCCUGGUCCCUCCUUCCAGCAGCCUGCUGCGGCUCAGCAACAGGCAGGCUACGCUCCCCCGAUCACUCAGCCUGGCUUACCUCCUGGAUCUGGUGCUCCAGGGAUACCACCAGGCAGCUACUCAGGAAUUCCUCCGAUGAUGCCAGGUGUGCCACCAAUGAUGCCAGGAAUGCCUCCUGUAAUUCCAGGAAUGCCUCCAGGAAUGAUACCAAUGGGUGGGAUGAUGCCUCCAGGUCCGGGGAUGCCUCCAAUGAUUCCAGGCAUGCCACCAGGCAUGCCCCCUCCUGUGGGCCACCGUCCAGGCAUCACACACAUGGCUCAGGCCCCCCCUGCUGCAAACAUGCUGACCAGACCUGUUGUUUCCACUGCCACUGCCCCCCCCUCAGCCCAACCUGAUGUCACCAAACCUCUGUUCCCCAGUGCUGGACAGAUGGGAAGUCGAGUUGCAAGUACAAGUGCAGGGUUGUCAGGUUCAGACUCAGAGUCCGCCUCCCCCAAAGCUCUGUUCCCUAUCACAUCACAAAGUCAGCAGACAGUGUCAGGGUCCCCCCACCCUUCCCCUUCUACCUCUUCUGACCUCUCAAAGCCCACAUUCCCAGCCUACACUCAGGCCACUGCAGCUGUGGCCAGCCCCAAUGCUGGCAGCAGUACGGUUUCCAAACCUCCGUCUACUGUGACCAGUAAGCCCGCCACCCUCACCACCUCCAGUGCAACCAGUAAGUUGAUCCACCCUGAUGAGGAUAUCUCACUGGAAGAGUUGCGGGCUCAGUUACCCAGGUACCAGCGCAGUAUUCCCUGCCAAGGCCAAUCCACCGCUGCUGCUCCGUCAGUGGGUCCCAUAGGUGGCAUGAUGGCUCCUCAGCAGCCCGGCAUGCGGCAUCCCAUACAAGGCCAGUAUUGUGGUCCACCACAGGGGAUGCCCGGCUACAUACCAGGAGGGAUGCCUCCUUAUGGACAGGCCCCUCCUGUAGUUCCCCCAGGGUACCAGGGAGCCCCUCCACGGCCGCCAAUGGGUAUGAGACCCCCCGUCAUGUCUCCUGGAGGCCGCUACUGAGGCCUGGCUUCCUCUCUUCUAUAGGUUUGGACACUCAACCCUUUUCUAAUGUCCUCAGCUGCUAGUAGACAAACCAGUAUGGGUAUUAUAGUACCACAACGUACUGUUUAUUCUACUACUGAGCUAUGAGGAAGAGACACUGAAUAAAAACAGCAAACAAAAGAGCUAUAAAAGCAUCAAAGAGCGCAUGGGAAAUAUUUACACUGUACUUAACCAAGACUAUGAACUGUUGUUUCAAACCAUUUCUGUUCUGUGGCUUUUUUUCCUUCUCAUGUUUCAUUUAGGUGUAUAGAAGUGUAAUAGAUAUGGUUCGUAGUGUUGUGAAGGCGCUGGAGUUACAUUGGCAGUACCCACCCUUUAUCAAGGCAAGUUUUAUGGAAAUACAUUUCUGUUCUAAGCUAAAACAGUGAGGCCUUCGCAGCACGUAGUGCUGUUGGACUUUGCGUCCCCAACUUUGUUUGGUGAGGGCUUCAAGUUACUGUUGUGCAUUAAUUUUGUUUUGUGUGAAUAAUUUAAUGAGGAAAUACUCCCUUAACCUUAAAUAGAUGACAUGGUAUAUGUAUUGUUGUAACACUGUAUUGUAAUAAAAUGUGGCAAAAAUGUAAGACUCUUCUUUGCGGGACGUUAGUGGGAAAAGAGCCGUCACAGCAGGUUUGUACUCCAGUAAUAAACUACAUGGUGACUGUUUUUGUUGUCUUGAAGAUGAACAGUGAAAACCAAUAACAAAUGUUUUGUUUUGUUGUUUAAAUCUAAAAUGUUGCUAAAUGUUCUCUUGUGACUAUAAGCAGUAUGUUUAAUUUCUUUUAUUGAUGCUCUGUACAUGGCACUGGCAGACUGAACUUUGACACACUGAGUGCAUUGUACAGCUGCAUAACUUCCGGGUCGCUAGUAGCUGUAGUGCUAAAACCCAGAUUUCUCUUCUCCCUGUAGCAAUGCCAUGGGGGACUGACUGAGGCCCUGUCUCAGUGUAGCCCUGUUUCAGCCUGAGGCAAGUCUCACCAUUUUCUGUCUUCUCAUUCAUUACCAGGGGCCCUCACAGCUUACACGCUGUUGGAUCUUUAUGUCCCCAAACUUGCAGCAAGUUUGGUGAAGGCCCUUGUUUGUGUUGUUGCGUUUAGGUACCAUUUCCUUCAGGCAUGUUAGCUCAUGUGGAUUAUAUUUUUUGUUAAGUUAUGUGCCAUUGAACCUGUAUCUACCAUUAUUUAGUAGUGAGAGCAUCAGGAAGCUCUGUUUUCAUUUAGUAGCUCUUUACAAAAAGUAUAGAGCUUUUAAAUGAAACUUUAUUGCUUUAGAAGCCUUUGAAAUGAACUAGUCCUACAGUCCACGGCAGUUCACUGUCUGAAAUACUGAUGGCUUGGUCAAAAGUCAAAUUAUUUACUAGCUUGCCACAUACAUUAGCAGCCUGUCACCUGCAGCCAUUUGUACAUUAAAUGUGUGUUGGGAGGUUUGUGAUGAACAAAUGAUUUUUCAUAUGCUUGUAAAAUGGCUUUACCACUUAAUCCUGUUUGUUUCAUCAGCUUUCCUCACUUGAUCAUUUGAAUUUAACUACUUACAUGAAGGAGAAUCUCUGCCAGUAACAGGUUAGUUAAAGCUGUAAGUACCACUGCUAUACUUCCUUAACUUCCGUCGACCUGUGUUUUGUGUGCACACUUAAUGUGAGAUCUUGAUCCUCACUUGCGUCUUUCUGAAAAACAGAAAAUAAGCCCACAACAGUUCUGAAGCAGUUUACACUAAUGGCAGCCAAACAUUCGUUACGAUCUCCAGGAAUGCCUAAUAAAUCAAUUACUACUUGAGUGUGCAACACCUUUUUUGUUUCUGCUUCUUCUACCGAAUGUGAUGAGCAUCUCAACAUAAUUUUUGGUGGAGGCUUUUAUUAAAACCAGUAAUUUUAAUAUUUGACAUGAGUCAUAUAGGCAGAGUCUUCAUUGGUAAGUAUGGGCUCUACCACUUUUACAUGCUGAAGAAAACUUUUAUGAAAGGGUGUCACAUUUUCUUUUGUCUUUUUUUUUUUUAAUUAAAAAUUGUGUUAAUAAACAAAAUGAUGGUACUGGACUGUUUGGGAAGCUCUGGAAGAGUUAAGUAAGAAAGAUAAAGCUUAAUCAUGAGUAUUUGUUUUAGGAUAUGUCCCUCAAAAUGCUCUAUGCACUUUUAUUUUUGAUUUCUGUGCCAAAGUCUGAAUGUUUACUCUUUUUCUUUGAAUAAACCAGUUCCUAAA